AUGACAAAUGUCCCCACACCCGAAGAGCAAGGCCAUCCUUCCCCUUUGAAGGCCCUUGCCUAUAGUCAUAAAUAUGCUAGCGCAGUCAAACGAUUUGUGAUACCACCGGCACGUAACAUUAAACCCAGGCUGUAUCGUGCAGUUCAUGAUGAAUUACCGUGGGCUCAGAGAUUUCCUCCGAAUGAUCUAAAUGAACUGGCGGUUCACAAGAGAAAAAUCUCCACUGUGAAAGACUGGCUGGAUAAUGCAUUCCGUGGGACUGGCAAACGGCUACUCAUUCUUCAUGGUCCUGCUGGCAGUGGAAAGACAACUACUAUUUCCAUGCUGUCAGAGCUUUUGGGGUUCGAGAUACUCGAAUGGCGAAAUCCUACAGCAUCUGACUCCGUCACCGAUGUAUCAAACUCUCUAGCUUUUCAAUUCAGUGACUUCCUGGAGCGGGCCGGCGAGCUCCCGGGUCUCGACCUUGACUGGUCACAACGCAAUCAAUCCUGGGCUCAAAGGCGCGACUCGCCACAACGGCGUAUAAUCUUGCUUGAGGAAUUUCCAUCACAAACAACCCAAUCGCCUACUGUGUCUCUGUUCAGACUGGCGAUUCAACGGUACCUUGCAAUGCCAGUCUCAUCUCAAGACAUGAACAUAACGCCUUGCUCUCCUAUCGUUAUUAUCAUUUCGGAGACUCUUCUGGACUCGGGCUCUUCUUCCCAAGAUAACAUUACAGCUCAUCGACUGCUAGGCACGACGAUUUGCAAUCACCCUCAAACCAGUAUUAUUGAGUUUAAUAGUAUAGCUCCCACGUUCAUGUUCAAGGCUUUGAAUUUGAUCAUCGAGAAAGAAAGCCGCUGCUCUAAACUCCACAGAGCAGUAUCACCUGCUACAAUACACACCAUCUCUCAGAAUGGCGAUAUUCGAAGUGCGGCUUCCAGUCUGGAAUUCAUUUGCCUUAAGUCGAACCAUUUUAAAGAGACGAAGAAACCGUCUAGAGCCAAGAAGGCCUCUCGGAAAGCUUCCACUCUCACCCCGCUGGAACAGAACACACUCGAGCUGAUAGCUCAACGGGAAAGCAGUCUGGGAUUGUUCCAUGCUGUUGGCAAAAUUGUUUAUAAUAAGCGUGACAAUCCAAGCUCUGAAGAAGACGGUCAGCCCGCCAUGCCACCAACCCACUUGCGCCAUCAUGAAAGGCGAAGAGUCUCACAGGUACAAGUCAACGAACUUAUCAAUGGUCUUGGGACUGAUACGCAAACUUUCAUCAGUACUUUGCAUGAGAAUUAUGUUCCAUCUUGCGAUGGUGACUCCUUCGCAGAGUGCCUCGAUAACUGCAUCAGUGCUCUCUCUGACAGCGACAUGCUUUACCCUAACUCUAAAAGGGCAAGCAGAUCUUUGGUUCAUGCAACUAGAAUUAGUGCUGCAGUUGAAACUUUGCGGCAGCAAGACAUCAGCUACCAAGUUGCCGCUCGUGGGCUUUUAUUUGCUCUUCCUUAUCCUGUGAAACGAGUGACAUCAAUUGGGGGUGGUGUCGGGAGUUCGAAAUAUGCACAACAACUUCUGUACCCAACUUCGCUGCGGAUCAUCCAUGACAUGGAAGUGAUUGAAAGCCUCAUAGCUUUAUGGUCCGCCAGGCUGUUGAAUUCGAUUAAUCGUGUUGCCCCGCGCUCAGUAGCUGUAAAUAGCGCUCAUAUUGAUGGCCAAACAGUUGCAGCUACCAUGGUAUCGCGCAGUGACCUCUUACUAUACCAAUUGCCGUACAUGGCAUGUUUAACCAGGGGAGUUACGGAGCGCCAGGAACUCGAGAGGAUUACGAAAAUCAUCAAGUCGGAGUCCCAGGAUUACGGCGGAGCCCUUCAUCUACCUGAUAAGAUAAAUAACCCUGGUGGGAACGCUGAAUUACCGAGAGAGAUUUGGAGGCCAAAAGUUCGUGGCUACAACAACACCCGUGAUAUCCGUCUAGGGUCUGCGACUGAUGAAGAAAGGCUCACUCUGAGUGAUGAUGAAAUCAUAGACAAUGACUGA